AUGUACACCAAGACCGCCUUGAUCGCCGCCCUGGCUGGCUCAGCGACUGCCGUCUUCGACGUCAGACCGGACCGCAUCCGUCGCGAUGUCGUUCCCCGUCAGACUGAGCUCUCAGCCGACCCAUGCCUCAAUGCCCUAGGCACAGUCUACGCCAACGCACCCACUCCUCCUCCCAAGAUUCUCUCCUAUGAGAUGACUGCUCCUCCGCAAACCAACCCUUGCAGCAUCACCGUCCCUGCGGAGCUGAGCGCCGAGUACUCGAGCUACACCUCGGAGCUUCUGAGCUGGGUCGACGCCAACUCGGCCUCGAUCGCGUCGGCAGUGUCCGUUUGCUCCACUCUUUCCGAGUUUGAGACCGAGAUCCCGCUCUGCACGGCGGAACCCGGCAGUGGUGCUACGGAAUCUGGCUCUUCUGCACCAAAGACCACGGCUGCUGGCGGCGAUUAUCCCAAGUCUACCGGCGAGACAAAGACUGGAGCUGCUGCUGGCACGGGUGCCGGUGUUAGUGCGACAAGUGGCCGUAACAACCCAACGCAGGUUCCCGUCAAUGCCGGAACCCGCCAGACCGGCGUGAUUGCAGCCGCUGCCGUUGCCGCUGGUUUUGUGGGCGUUGCCGCGUUUUUGUGA